AUUAUCAGUGGCUCCUUGAUUGUUGUUUACAUCUUUUUGCGAUUUUGCUCUGUGCUAAAUAGUGUUUUCUACUUGUAGAGAAAAGAUGAAGGAACAAACAGCUAAGAGACGUGAAAAGCCCAAAGAUUCAAAAGCUGACAAGCAGAAGGAGACAGGCCCCGAACCUCAGGAUGUUGAGAUGCCCGAGGAGGACGCCGCCGGCUCGGCAAAGCCUCCAAAGGAAAUCGACAGCCUUACGUUAGAGGACAUCAAGGAGCAUGUGAAGCAGAUUGAGAAGGCUGUGUCGGGGAAGGAGCCACGCUUCGUGCUGCGGGCCCUGCGCGCUCUGCCCUCCACCAGUCGACGCCUCAACCCCAAUGUCCUCCACAAGGCUGUCACCGGCUUCUUCACCUCCAACGCUGCCGGCAAGGACUUCCUUCUGGGCUUCUUGGAAGAGCCCAUGGACAUGGAGGGCGACGUGCAGUUCAGGCCUCGCACAGGAAAAGCUGCGGCGACUCCUCUGCUGCCCGAGGUCGAGGCCUAUCUGCAGUUGCUCCUGGUGGUCUACCUCACCAACAACAAGCGCUACCCAGAGGCUCAGAAGGUGUCUGACGACCUGUUGCAGAAGAUCGGCUCCCAGAACCGCCGAGCUCUGGACCUGGUGGCCGCCAAGUGUUACUACUACCACUCCCGUGUCUACGAGUUCCUAAACCAGCUGGACGUUGUACGCAGUUUCCUGCACACUCGCCUGCGGACGGCGACCCUGCGCCAUGACGCCGAUGGCCAGGCCACCUUGCUGAACCUGCUGCUGAGGAACUACCUGCAGUACAACCUGUACGACCAGGCCGAGAAGCUCGUGUCCAAGUCUGUCUUUCCGGAGCUGGCCAACAACAACGAGUGGGCUCGUUACCUCUACUACACAGGACGCAUUAAGGCCAUUCAGCUGGAGUACUCUGAGGCCAGGAGGACGCUGACGAACGCCCUGAGGAAGGCCCCCCAGCACACUGCCGUGGGCUUCAAGCAGACCGUGCAUAAGUUGUUGAUUGUGGUGGAGCUUCUGCUGGGAGAGAUCCCGGACCGUCUGCAGUUCCGCCAGCCCUCUCUGAAGAGGUCCCUCAUGCCUUACUUCCUGCUCACUCAGGCCGUGAGAACAGGGAAUCUGGCCAAGUUCAAUCAAGCCCUGGACCAGUUUGGGGAAAAGUUCCAGACUGAUGGCACCUACACCCUCAUCAUCCGCCUACGACACAACGUCAUUAAAACCGGUGUGCGUAUGAUCAGCCUGUCCUACUCGCGCAUCUCUCUAGCCGACAUUGCCCAGAAGCUGCAGCUGGACAGCCCCGAGGACGCCGAGUUCAUUGUGGCAAAGGCCAUCCGAGAUGGCGUGAUCGAGGCCAACAUCAACCACGAGAAGGGCUACGUGCAGUCCAAGGAGACCAUGGACAUCUACGGCACGCGGGAGCCGCAACUCGCCUUCCACCAGCGGAUCUCCUUCUGCCUGGACAUCCACAACAUGUCUGUCAAGGCCAUGAGAUUCCCGCCAAAAGCCUACAACAAGGACCUGGAGUCGGCAGAGGAGCGUAGGGAGCGGGAGCAGCAGGAUCUGGAGUUUGCCAAAGAGAUGGCAGAGGAUGAUGACGACGGCUUCCCAUAAUCCUUCACAACAAGAGCAACAACAUGGCCGCCGCCCAGUCCCCCCCCCAAACCCACCACCUCCAUGUUUUGCGCCUCUAUAUAGUCUUUUCUCUUUUUUUUUUUUUUUUUUUUUUUAAUCAUUCUUUGUAUGGUUUUGUUUUUUCCCUCCUGAGAGGGCUCCCAAACAGAUUGCCACCUCCCUAAUUUAAAGUCGAAGUAGUCUCUCAUCCUCAGUUUUGGCCUCUUUCUGCUGCUAGAUGUGUCCUCAUCAACAGCCAAAUAUGAUUAAAAUUUCUAGCUGACCGACACGCAAUGUCUUCACCUUGCGCUUGGCAGAGGCUGAAACUUGUUUGGUUUAAUGCUUAAUACUUUGACUAUUUGGCCCUGGCAUGUAGAGGUGUCUGAGAAGGCCAGCAUCAAUAAUAAUUAACUAUAAGUCAUAUUCACCUUUACCAUAUACGUCAUUUACUCAACAAGCUCCUGGCUAACCUGUGAGUGAAAAACAAAUUGGAAAAAAAACAAAUGUGCUCUUGAAACCUGAUUGCUUAAGAAACACUAAAGGAAUUCCAGACAUGUUAGUACAAUUGUCCACGGUGUUCUUAAGGCAGGAUGGCCAAGAUCAAAUGAUAAAGAAGUGUUAUACGUAUGGAGUUUCUUCCUUAUGGAGCAUAUUUACCGUAGAACAGAUGGUCUGGACACCAGGUUGAUAUUGGCAAUGUGUAAACUGUUUGUGAUGGAUUCUCAAGGGGAAGCUUAUCAGUUGUGUUAUUAAAACAGUUUUUUUUUUCUAUAAAA